AGCGAGACAACAACAGAAGUAGACCACCUCGGCAGCGGCGUCUGCUCCUCUGCAAAAAAGUCUCCGUUGCUCAUGUUCGCCAUCAUGUCGAGUCGCUCGUCUUUGCGCCGGUUGACCGUCGCGACCCCAUACCUCUCGCGCCAUCUCGUUGGUUGCUGCAAGGGCAUCAGGUGUUUUUCCAAGACGGGUCUCAAAAAUGACGAUGCGUACGAUCAGACGAUACCCAACAUGAGAAUAGACGAGAACACUCGUGUCAUCUAUCAAGGUUUUACGGGCAAAGCUGCAACGUUCAAUGCGAAAGACACGAUCGAAUAUGGUACUAACGUGGUGGGCGGUGUCUCGCCUGGCAAGGGAGGCCUGAAACACCUGGGCUUGCCCGUCUUUGAGACGGUGCGCGAGGCCACGGACAAACUUCAACCGCACGCCACCUGCGUCUUUGUCCCUGCGCACUCGGCCGCUGGCGCCAUAACGCAGGCGAUCGAGGCCGAGAUCCCCCUGGUCGUGGCGGUUGCCGAGCAUAUCCCCGUGCACGACAUGCUGCGCGUGCACGAGAUUCUCCGGACGCAAAGCAAGACACGUCUAGUCGGCCCAAACUGCCCCGGGAUCAUCGCGCCCGGGCGCUGUAGGCUGGGUGUCAUGCCGUAUCGUCAAUACAGCAAGGGAAUCGUAGGAAUCGUGUCCAAGAGCGGAACGCUGAGUUACGAGGCUGUGGGCGCUACCACGGCAGUUGGGCUGGGACAGAGCAUUGUUGUGGGUAUGGGAGGUGACAUGUUGCCAGGCACAACGCUCGUAGAUGCUCUGAAUCUCUUCCUCGAGCACGAAGAAACCAAAGGCAUUGUAGUGAUUGGUGAGAUUGGUGGAGAGGCCGAACUGAAGGCUGCCGAGCUCAUCAAAGACUAUCACCGCAAUAACCCUACCGACCGCAAGCCCAUCGUUGCAAUGGUCAGCGGCCGAACAGCUCCAGUGGGCAAGACAAUGGGGCAUGCCGGCGCUCUGCUCAGCCAUGGUGAUGUUUCAGCGGAGGCAAAAGCGCGUGCCUUGCAGGAUGCCGGGGCUGUCGUAGUGCCGCACCCGGGAGUUAUUGGUACUGAGAUGAAACGGCUAUUGGGCAUGUGAUUUUGCUGGCGAUCAAAAAGACUUCAAGUCUGGGGUGGUUUCUACCUAGUACUGCUGAGUAAAUGCAAUUUAUUCAUUAUCC